AUGGCGAGCGACGAGGAGGAGGCGUGCGACUACUUCUACGCCGAGGAGGACGCCGCCGCCGGUCUGGAGGAGGAUUCUUCGCCGCCGGCCGGCGCGGACUACUGGGCUAUCACACAAGAGACCGUUUCCGCUGCACAGAAACAAGACCUGUCUACGGUGAUGAAUUUGCUCAACAUAAAACAAUAUCAAGCACGAGCCCUCCUCAUCCACCACCGGUGGAGGAUCGAUGGCAUCUACGAUUCCUUAGACAAGGGGCGAGAAUGCAUGCUCAGAAAUGCAGGAAUCGUGCUGCAGGAGAAUAAUAGCAUGGCGGCUGCUGGCUCAACGGCAGCAUGGGGAACCGUGACCUGCAAAGUCUGCUUCGAGGACUUCUCCAUGGGUGCUGUUUAG